UACAUAUUCUAUAUAUAAACCCCUUUAAGAAUUCUCAUUCUCUUCAGCAACAAAAAUAUUUCAUGUUGCAAAACAUAAACUACUAAACUAGCUACCUUAAGAAAAAUGCAUGAUCAAGUAAAAUCUUUGUUAAAUUAUGCGCAAAGUAACCAAGUAGCCAUGACAACUUUGUUGUUCAUAGCACCCAUGUUGUUACUAUAUAUAAUCUCAACAUUAAGGCGAAAACCUUAUCCACCGGGCCCAAAAGGCCUUCCUUUUAUAGGAAACAUGAUGAUCAUGGACCAACUAACCCACCGUGGUUUAGCCAAGUUGGCCCAACGUUACGGUGGGCUUUUCCACCUCAAAAUGGGCUUUGUUCAUAUGAUGGUGGUGUCCAGCCCGGAUGAGGCCCGUCAAGUACUCCAAGUUCAAGACAACAUUUUCUCAAAUCGUCCUGCCACCGUGGCAAUUAGCUACCUUACGUACGACCGUGCUGACAUGGCUUUCGCUCAUUACGGCCCUUUUUGGCGUCAGAUGCGCAAGCUAUGUGUCAUGCGCUUAUUUAGUCGUAAACGGGCCGAGUCGUGGCAAUCUGUUCGAGACGAGGUCGAUUACAUAGUUCGAAUCCUAUCCGAAAAAGCACGCUCACCCGUUAACGUGGGUGAGCAUGUUUUUAAUCUUACUAAGAAUGUCAUAUAUCGGGCCGCUUUCGGGUCAUCAUCAUCCGAAGGUCAGGAUGAGUUUAUUGCUAUACUUCAAGAGUUUUCUAAGCUAUUUGGGGCUUUUAAUAUUGCGGAUUUUAUCCCUUUUCUUACUUGGGCUGACCCGAAUGGGCUUAAUAAUCGCCUUGCUAAGGCCCGAAGUUCAUUGGAUGGGUUUAUUGAUCGGAUUAUAGAUGAUCAUAUAAACAAAAGGAAGGCUGUUAAUGGACAUGAUGUGAAACAAGAAGAUAAAGUUGAAAAUGAUAUGGUGGAUGAUUUGUUGAACUUUUACAGUGAGGAAACUAAGGUUAAUGAGUCAGAAGAUCUGCAGAAUGCGAUUAAGCUUACGAGGAAUAACAUCAAAGCCAUUAUCAUGGAUGUAAUGUUUGGUGGAACAGAGACAGUAGCAUCAGCAAUAGAAUGGGCAAUGACAGAGUUAAUGCGAAACCCAGAGGAAAUGAAACGAGUCCAACAAGAACUUGCUGAUGUUAUUGGCUUGGAUCAACGAGUUAAAGAAUCAGAUCUUGACAAACUACCAUUCUUCCGAUGUUGCAUAAAAGAAACCCUACGUCUACACCCACCAAUACCUCUCUUACUCCACGAGACUGCUGAAGAUGCUGUCAUUGGAGGUUAUUCCAUCCCAAAACAAUCUCGAAUUAUGAUCAAUGCAUGGGCUAUUGGUCGCGAUCCAAAUUCAUGGGAUGACGCUCAGGUGUUCAAGCCAGGAAGGUUUCUUAAAGAGGGUGUGCCUGAUUUUAAAGGUGGCAAUUUUGAGUUUAUACCAUUUGGGUCAGGUAGAAGAUCUUGCCCUGGUAUGGUACUUGGGCUAUAUGCGCUUGAAAUGUGCGUAGCAAACUUACUACAUUCGUUUACGUGGGAACUACCAGAUGGAAUGAAGCCUAGUGAAUUAAGUACUGACGAUAUUUUUGGACUUACGGCUCCUAGAGCUACUCGACUCGUCGCAGUGCCGAGUCCUCGUCUGUUGUGCCCACUCAACUGAUUGAUGAAAAUGCUUCAUUGUGAUGAUUAAGGAUUGCACUAAACAAGGUGGUGAUUUGAAAAUCUUGUCUUUUGUAAUGCAAAUAAGCAUAAUUAAUAUUCUCUUCAAGAAUAUUGUUUUUUUAUAGUGUAUUUAGCUAUUUUUGCCUGCAAGAGUUGGAUAAUGAAUCACAUCAUGGGAAAAGGGAAAAUUUAAACAAAGACAUUCUAAUUGUUGAUAAACUUGUAAUAUUUACUCAAAUUUGUGAUAUGUGAUGUGAAGAUUGAUUCUAAGUUUUA